CUGAACGGGCUAUGGACCGAGAUCCCGGAGCCAUAGGGCUGAGUUCCUUCAGAGAGACACCAGAAAAUCCCGCAACUGACGAGCUAGACAACCAGCUCCGGAUCCAGGAUGAGGAUCCAGGGCAGACUUGGGUUCUCUACGGCCAGCGUCUGACCUCGAGCCUGUUGGGUUUGAAUGUGGUCCUACUGGGGGCGGCUCUGGUAGGUGGGCAAGCUUUCGACUCCAACGCGCUCAAGUACGAGGAACCCCAGGUGUUCAUUCUGCUGCUGGUGGGGAUCAGUUUGAUCUGGAUUCUCUGGUAUCUGCUGUGGGUCCGGAAGCAGCCCGGCAUCAACCCGCACAAAGACCACCACGCCGGGGGAAUCACUGUCAUCUCUGUCCUCAUAGUUUUUGCUUCAGUUAGUCUGCUGCUGCACAUCUUCAGGACCGGUUAUCUGAUGAGUGUGAAGGAGUGCACGUCGGCCCCUACACUGAUCUCUCCAUUCAUGGAGGCUCCCUUUCUAGCACUGCAGACAUAUUUACUGUGGGUUCACUCCAAAGACUGCAUUCACAAACACAAGAUGAUCACCAGGUUGGGGCUGAUGGUGGUCCUCGCUGCUGACCUGCUGCUGUGGCUGAACGCAGUGACUGAGGACUCUAUCCACACUCAGAUUGAGUUGGAAAAGAAUAACAGCAACAUCAUCUCAUCUGAAGAUGACAGCUCUAAUUCAGAUGAUAAUUCAACCUUGUGUAAGUGCAAUACAGCAUCCUGCCUCAUCUUCAGGAAAGGCUUCGAGAUCCUUUAUCCUUUCAACAUCGAGUACUACCUGAUGGCAAGCUGCAUGAUCUACGUGAUGUGGAAGAACGUGGGCCGCAAAACCGGUGCGGAUCACCACACCGUCACUCAGAAACUGACCCUCCAUAUCAUCAGCCAAGGCAGGGUCAUAUGUGGCCUCGUGUUUGGGACCCUGGCACUCCUAUCUGGAAUGGCCAUCUUCAUUCUGUACCAGGUGUGGGUGAGCCAGCACGACCUGCGCUUCACCGCCUUCCUCAUGUUCUACAGCUAUCAUCUGGUCAUCAUGCCGCUCAUGUCUCUCUGCUGCCUGGUUGGGAUCCUGGUCCACAAGCUGGAGAGGAGGGCACAUAUAGGGGGACACAACCCCACUCUGAAGCUGGAUGUGUUCCUCCUGGUGGGGGCAGCUGUGGGCCAGAUCGCCCUCUCCUACUUCUCCCUGGUGUCGGCCCUGGCUGUGGGGACUGGGGGGCUCUUGGGGGACCUGGACCUGUCCUACUCCCUCCUCAGCCUGCUGGAACUCAUCCUCCAGAACAUCUUCAUCAUCGAAGGCCUCCAUAGGCACCCACAUCUGUCUGUCAAGAAGAAAGGGAAGCAGAAGGGAAAUUUAUUCAAGUUUAAGAAAAAGCCUGUUACACCAGCACAGGAGGGGAUGGUCCCUGACACUUCAUCGCUGAAGGGAAACACAUCAGCACCCCCUGCUGACCAAGAGCAUGAUGGGGAAGUGUCCUGGACCAAAAGGGUUAUACAAGAAAUCUGUGCUUUCCUCAUCCUUUCUAAUAUCAUGUUGUGGGUCAUCCCUGCUUUUGGGGUCCACCCCCAGUUAGAAGACGGCCUGGGGAAGCAGUUCUUUGGCUUCAGCGCUUGGUUCAUCCUGGUGAAUCUGGGCCAGCCACUCAUUGUGUUCUACAGGAUGCACUCUGUGGCAGCUUUGCUGGAGGUGCUCACCCACACAUGACCAGCAGCAGUGGUCCAACACAGACUAUACAAGGAUGGACAAUUACACAGUGGGCCCUUGAGCACACACAUGUAAAGCCUCCCCCUACAGUUCUAGGAGCAGCACUCACAAUUUGAGCAGCCACAUCUGUUUUUAGCCAUUCGGCAUAUCUUUGUAAUUACUUUGAACCAAUUUUUCAUCUUUUUUUUUUUUUUACUAUGCAAUUCUUUGUAGUUGUAGGCUGCUCAACGGGGAUGUGUUGGAUUUUUCUAUAUGUAAAGUACCUUGAGAUGAUUCUUGUUAUUUGGCACUAUACAAAUAAUGAAUUGAGUUUUAUCUAAAUGAUCAGACUCUUAAUACUGAUGCAUUGUGUAUACAGCAUUUUACUGUUGUAGCUGCUCAAGAUGGAGCUACUGUAUGUAUAGAUAGCUAGCUGAGUGCAGUGGUUCCCAGUCAAGGUCUCAGCCCUCUUCAAAGGGCCACCAGAUGAA